GGAUAAAAACGUUAUUUUACUGAUCAGUCUUGUGCAGUUCGACCACCGAUGAAGAACAGUAAUAGACAAUUUUUGCAGGGAUUUGUAACGUUCGAAAAUUGUAUAAUGAAAUUAUUGACUUUCGUAACGUUUUUCGUCAUUUUUUGCGUCAUCACAACGAAGACGGGCGUGCAUGGCGGGGAAUUUGUAGAUAUUGUGAACAAGAUAUUUAACUACAAUGCUACAAACGAUAAUAAUAGUACAAGCUUUUGGACUACGGCUAAUCCUUAUAAGUUGAAAAUCUGCCCGUUCGGAGAAACUCUCGACUUGGUGACCAGAAAAUGCUACGCUCCAGCAAAGUUAACGACGCCUAUAGUUUUUGAAUAUGAGCACGACGAAGACGCCGGACAUGAAGUAGUAUAAUGUAACGGCCCAAUGAAUAAAGGUGUUAACUAACAUUUUCGAAAUUAUUUAAGAGAAUUGUUUGAAACGAUAAAUUUAAUAUUUAAUUCUUUAUCCGUGGCAAAUAACGCUAAUUAAUAAUCGGUGUUACUCUAACAUUUUUAAAACUGAAUAUGUGUUUCCUUUUGUUUUAGUUCAUUUUUUUUUUCUUGAAAAAAACAAUACCUAAUAAACAUUUUAUUUAAUUUUUUAAUUUUGUUAUUAUUAUUUAUUAUAAAUUUAUUAUUAUAUUGGUUUAUGGUUUUUUUUUUCUAACACAAAUAUUAAUAUAUUUUUAUAUCGUUGUCGUAUUUGUUGAAUGCAUAUUUUGUUUUGAGCUGUACGUUUACGAAGGUGAGAUAAAAUAUGAUAGGAUAUAAUAUCAUCAUAUUAAACAAAUAAGGCAUACAAAUUUACAAAAAGCACUAGUCGUAGAUACACAAAUUGGGGACAAUUCAAGGAAAUCUGCUAUAUCUGCCCGGAGAUAUGGAGAGUUGCAACAGAUUCAUUUCCUUAAUUAUUAGCAAAAAGAUUGAUAUGACGUUUAUGAAUUGUGAAAACUGUAUAAUAAAUUCCGUACAAUUCGCAUACACCUAUAUUUAAAAAAAUUAAAAAAAAUUAAUAACAAUAUCUGAAUCAGCUAGGUAUGCUUUGGUGUUAAUUUUUAUUAUGUUUGAGUCAAUUAUUCUAAAAUAAUUUUUAAAAUUUGUGAAAUAUGACAUUUCUUUUCCGUGC